GCAACCCCGUGCUCACAUAUUACAUUUAACCAGCACGUGAAGUGAUUUGUGCCCUCCUCGUGCCUAAAUACAAAUCUACACUUUUAAAUACACGUGAAACACAGACCCGUUUAUAUCCCGUGGAUCAAUCUAUACACCAACAUUAACACACGCAACAUACAACACAGAACACACAAAUGCACACAGGGGCGGGGCACUUUGCCACAUAUACCCCCCCUUGUGCACAGCACACAUGGCCUCAACGGCCACCUCCCCCCUUAAAUACCCAGCAGUCCAGGCCAAAGUCUCGGGCUGGGAAGGGAGGCUUCAGUGGGCCCAUGUCUGGAAAUGCUAUCAGCUCCCCUGCCGGUAGUGGCACGGCUGACAGCAUGCUGGUCCCGUCCUGCAGCGAAAAAGCUGCGGGGGCAGGUGGUCCCCCGACCUCCCCCUUCUUCGUAGCCGGCAGCUCCCUCCUGUGGGGCUCCGGCCACAAGAACUCCUGCAGCGAAACUGCUGCUGGGGAAAGUGGUCUCCAGACCUCGUCCCCCUUCUUCGUGGCCGGCAGCUCCCCUUUCUGGGGCUCCGGCCACCGUACUCCCUGUGGAGGUACGGGCAGCAGAGGCAGCUCCUGCUCCUCUGCUCCGGGCGGUGGCGGAAGCAGAGGCAGCUCCAGCUCCUCUGCUCCUGGUGGUGGUGGAGGCAGAGGCAGCUCCUGCUCCUCUGCUCCUAGUGGAGGAAGCGGUGGAGGUGGCGGAGGCAGAGGCAGCUCCUCUGCUCCUGGCGGCGCUGGCUCCCUCCGCUGUGGCGGCUGGGCUGGUGCGCGCCAUGCUGCCUUCAGCAGCAUGAAUAGAGGCUGCUGGGGGACACCAGCCUCCUGCCCCUCUCCCCCCCAAAAAUUUUCAGGGGGUUGGGCCUGUAACUCCUCCCCUUCCGGCUCUUGGGGCUGAACCAGCAGGCAUUUUCCCUCUGCUGGUGGCUUGGGUCCCAGAGCUGUGGAAGCCCCGACUUGCCUCCCUUUGGGCUGUGGACGCACCGACUCCUCCCUUUUGGGCUGUGGACGCACCGACUCCUCCCUUUUGGGCUGUGGACGCACCGACUCCUCCCUUUUGGGCUGUGGACGCACCAACU